CGAAAAUUUUACAUAGUCAUCUCAGUUGUGCACAGAACGUUAGUGAAGCAACACAUUUUUCAUUUGUAGUUAUAAAUUUCAGAAAAAAUGGGAAUCAUAACGACAACUUUGACAAUAUUGUUCUUGGUAGUCUUUUGCGAUGGCAAUAGAACAUUUAUCAUGAGUCCAGAACUACCACAAUCUGGAAAAUAUAGUCAUGGAGUCCUUGUCGACAAUACGUUAUACAUUGCUGGGCAAGUCGGUAUGGACAAAGAAGGCGUCAUGGUAGCUGGGGGAAUUGAAAAUGAAACAAGACAAGCACUUAUCAAUAUGGGACAUGUCCUGACUGCUGCUGGAUGCUCAUUUAAAGAUGUUGUGAAGACGACCGUGUACAUCCAAAAUAUUAGCGACGCUACAAUAAUGAACCAGGUGUAUGUUGAAUUUUUUCCUCAAAAUUACCCUGCUCGUGCGACUGUUCAAAUCGCCAAGCUACACUUGGAUGCUCUGGUUGAGAUUGAGGGUAUCGCUGUGUUGGAUUUGAGUUCUACCUCGGUUGCAUCUCAUGGUACUGAAUUGAACUGGACCAUAAUUCUUGUCUGUUUUGCUAUGAGAAUGCUAUUUUAAUUUGUUAUAUAGUUAACAUGGAGAAUUAAGAAUUGGACAAUAUCUUCUUCACUGUGUAUUACUAAAUUACAUCAAUUGUUUCACAUCUCAAAAAAUGUGCAUGUAGUUCCAGUUCCAUACAUACAUAUGUACAUGCACACGUAUAGGUUAAACUCUCAUUUUGGGGCUUCACAAUGGUUGCGGUAUUAAAUGCACUGCAUUUAUUAAAUGCUAUACUAACAAAUACUACUCCAUGCGACAAUCUGAGUUGAACUUUAAAUCUGUAUUAAUUGAUUUAUGUGUGUGACUGGACGUAAAUAUAAUUGCUGCAAGAGUGCAGAUGGACUUGCAUAAUCUCAAUUAUACAGCGACUAAAUUUUUAAAUGUGUACAUAUGCUGUAUGUACUUUUAACUAGCUUUUCUAACAUUAGUGGAAUAAUAAUCCAAACUUAACUAUGUAUACACAUUGUUUUUACUUUAUUCACAAAAGUAAUAAUCUGAGGAUGACAUUGAUAUUUAGCGAUAGCAGUAAUCAGAGUAUCGCAUUAAUCCUCCAUCACAAUCCGUGUUAAAACUUUUCAUCACAAAUAGUAAUUUAACAUAGCGACACACCUCUCCAGGUCAUUAAUUUCUACUUGGAAACACAAUUGUACCCCUGAAUCCCUGAACUUGUAAUUAUUUACUUAACGUAAAAUUAUGCCAUCUGCAAAAACUAGAUUUCUAACAAUUGCGUUCAUGUUUCUCGGCUUUUGUUAUGCACAAAAAGGUAAGUUGACUGAAUACAUUUGGUUAUUCGUGUCCUGCGGUUAACAUUUAUUUCAAAAUAGUUAAUCGGACAAUUAUCAUGAGUCCGAAGCUUCCACAAAUAGGAAAAUACAGGUGGACAUAAUUUUGCGUCCAUUACCAAUACAUCAUUGGGGCAGAAAUACUUAACACAUUUUUGAUGUUUAUGCAUGUAUAUAGUCAUGGAAUCCUUGUCGACUCUACGCUCUACAUUUCCGGGCAGAUCGGAUUUAAUAAGGAGGGUUUGAUGGUGCCUGGAGGAAUUGAAACGGAAACACGCCAAACUUUACGAAAUAUUGGGCACGUCUUAUCCGCGGUAGGGGCGAAAUUUGAAGACAUUGUAAAAGUAACCGUGUACCUGCAAAAUAUUAGCGAUGCAGCUGUAAUGAAUAAUGUUUAUUCCGAAUUUUUUCCAAAAAAUUAUCCUGCUCGUGCAACAAUUGGAACGUCUUCAUUGCUAUUGGAUGCGUUGAUUGAGAUUGAAGCUGUUGCUGUGCUGGAUUCCAGGAGUGAUAACUCGGCUGGAUUCCGGGUUGAAUUAAACUGGAUCUGCUCUUUCUUUGCAUGUUUGACAGUUGUUUUAAAUUUGUGGUGAGAAUAAAAGGACAAAAAAUAAACCACAUAAUCUAUAAAAAAAUAUGAACUAGAAAAUAAAUAGCAGUUAACUUUAUGGACAUGAUACAUACAUAUGCACAUUCGACUGCAACAUUUAUGCAUACAUUUAGGAAGUUCUGGAAAGUUUACAGUAUGCAGGAUGAAUAUAAAUAAGUGUGUAUAAGUAAUGGUUUAUGCACACCUGCAUGGUUUUGGUUUUAGCAAUAUUACAGUAAGUAUUCAGAAAUUUGCAGACUAGAGACACCGUAUCCUCUUCAAAUGAAGAGACCUUAUAUCUGUGCGUGUAUAAGCUGUACUGUGAAGUUAGUCGCCAAUUAACAACAUGGUAAACACUAAUAUUACCUGCUACAAUAGCUUUAUGUAUCAACCACAAAAAAAGCUUUAUGAAAUGAAGGAUAAACCACAAAAUGUGGUUAAAUUGUUAAUGCAGUUGACUCUUAACUUUUGUCAGCAUUGCAUUUACUUAUUAUUCGUGUAUCACAUGGAGAUUUUUACAGUUUACCACUUUAGUCAUCUUUUGUGAAAUUAAUUAUUUGGCGAUUUGAGUACAUGUUCCUGUAUAUGUAUACUAUCAGUAUUUAGCUGUUUUAUUAAUCCUAAGUUUGACUGAUAUGUGAUGAAUCAGCAGGUACACUCUAGAAAUCCCUCCAGAACAUUCAGAAAGACAGCAUGACGUUAUCACCGUGGACUCGAACGACGAGGAAUCAUUACAACAAUCAGAAGAUAGUUGCAUGCUACAAAAUGAAGGGAGCGAUAAAAUCCACAAAUUCAAGAAAUUGUGCCUCAGACCCUCUCGUCAGGGCUACACAGCGUUGCACGAAGCCGCACAGAAUUCCAAUCCAGCACUGAUUAAAACCUUGUUAAAAUCUGGAAUGCGACCUGACGCCCAAGAUUGUUACGGAAAUUCGCCGCUACACCUCGUCGCAAGAAAGGAAACCGAUGAAGCGUUGGAGUGUGCCCGGUUAUUACUUCAGCAUUCGCCCAAUUUGACCGGAAAGCUUAAUAACAUGCUAAAUAUGGAAGGACAUACCGCAUUACAUCGCAGUUUUAAAGAAGGACUGAAGGAAAUGGUUAAACUUUUUCUUAACAGGCGUUACAAACUGGACCUAGAUGAACUUAUCGGCGCCAAAAUUGAGAACAUUUUCCUCCAACACUGCAGAUCUAAAAUAUCCUGUGAAAUUAUGAAACUCAUUGUUUCCGCGUGUACACAGUUGCAAUUAAACAAACGGGAUGAGGAUGGGAGGACUCUGCUUCAUUUCGCGGCCAUGGAACGUUUGCCAGAAAUUACUGAAAUUCUAGUAGCCGAUGACAGAGUGGAUAUCGCCAAGGUCGACAAAUCUCAAAGAACUGCGCUACAUUACGCAGCAGAAAAUGGGUCUUACCCUUCUGGCUGCCUUUGCGUGGAACACCUCAUUAGUCGGAAGUUUCCUAAAAUGAAAUGGAAACUCUAUUAUUUGUAUGACAUGGAAGACAUGAAUGGAAUAUCGUCGUUUCGAUACGCGUUAAAAAAUUGUGGCGUGGAAACAUUGCAAAAGUUCCUUGCAGCCACUCCUCAACCUCAUCGCUGGAUGACUACAAAGAAAAUGAGUGUGAUCUAUAAGCAAUGUCCUCUCGCAAUUAAAGCUUUAAUGGAUAGAGGGUUUUCACAAAGUAAACCAUCAAUGUCGUCUAAAAUUGACGAAAUCGUGAUAGAUUUUGGGCCAAUAACGGGCUAUGUCGAUCCCCUUUCGAGAAAACCUAUUCCGCAACUUGAGACUCAAUACAUAAAACAUGCACAUCGUUGGGAUUAUUCUGCCCAAAGGGAAAUCCUUCAACAUCCUCUUGUUCAAAUUUUCAUUGCCAAGAAAUGCCAGAAACUUCGGGUAAUAUUUUCUCUCUGGAUUGUUCGACAGAUUAUCUGGCUUGCCUCAUUUCAAUUGCUGCUACUGACAACUUACUGUAAUGCCUUAAACUCACCUAAAACUCAAUAUUGUUCGGCCACAGUUAUGACGAUCCACAUUACUUGCACUUUACUUUAUCACGCAUUGAAUGUGGUCACGCACAAAUGGAAAUACUUUUACAAUGUGACGAACUUUGUAAAACUGACAGAAGCUGGUUUAGCGUCGGUGGCAUUACACCCAGUCCUGAUGGGAUCCGAGGUUUUCGUAGAGGCGAGAAACUGCGCUGCAAUAGGAAUUAUAUUUUCACACAUCCUCUUCAUGCGAGGGCUCGGAAACGUAUAUGACGAAAUUGGAUUAAUUGUCGAAGUUCUAAAACAGGUUUUCAUACAAACUGUGAAGGUGCUCUUGGCCUGCUCCCCUCUGCUCAUUGGAUUCACAUACGCAUUUGUAGUACUGUUUGACAAUGUGGACACCUUAACUGCCACAUUUCCGGGUCAAUUUGAAAAGGUUUUCGUAAUGAUGAUUGGAGAUUUAGAGUACAGUGACUUGUUCAAUAAAAAGUCUGAAGAAGGUGGAACAACUCAGAAGAAUAAUCGCAUCAUGCAGUUCCUAUUGCUCAUGUCCUUCUUAAUUUGCGUGACAAUUGCGUACUUUAAUCUGCUCACGGGAUUCGCCCUGGAACGGGUCAUGGAACUGCGCGAGAGGUCAAAUGUGGACAGAAUAGCCAAAAAGGUGAAGCAUAUUCAUCGCAUGGACUCCGUUCUGAGAAAUAUUUGCCUGUUCUCCAAACUUGUUGAUGGUGAAUACCUGAAAAAUGUGAUUCGACGACAUAACGUCACUACGAAAAGGGUGGGCGAAUCGCUCCAGUUCGAAGCAUUCUUUACAGAUGCAAGUUUGGGCCUCGGCGAAGGGAAAAUUAGGAAGCAAAAGGGAUCGAAAUUCUUCAAGAGGAUGGGAUCACCAUGUGCUACCGAAUUAUCGGAACAUGUUACCCAAGAUAUUUUUGCACUGCUCUCUAAGCACAGAUCUUAAUAGUUUCAAUAAAGUUGCUAAAGAAAUAAAAUCUCUAAAAUAAAGGAUUUAAGGCGAAGAUGAGAA